AUGAGAGCAGCUCUAGAAGAAUAUAACAAAUCGUCCACCAGUGAUUUGGUGGCCACAACAGUGGUCCAACAAUCACCUGACAAGCAGGACUCGAUAGUCAAUAGGAAGCGUGGUGCUACCAUCAUUGGCACAAGAGAGUACUUGCAGCCGAUAUUGGCCGGCGAGGAGGGCACUGUUCCCAUCUCUGGAAAGGAUGACGGCUACAACUCCAUUAAGAUGCGAUACUUGCGCUCCCUCAACAUAUCCAUCGCUGCGCCGACCAAGGACAUCCACGUGUCUGCCUCGGCGCCCAUCCCAAUCCCAAUCCCGCUCAGGAAGGGCGACUCGGACUCGGACUCGGACUCUGACAACGACGGCGCCAACGACGACGAUGACGACUUGUUGCCCGACGGCCAAUCAAACCAACGACUUUAUGAUUGGCACGCCCGAGAUCUCGCACAUGCCUGUGCGAAAGGACAGCAAGAGCAAACCCAAGGUCAAGUUCGUACCGCCCCAUGA